GGGGGGGCGGCGAUGGCGGACUCCUGGACCACCCUGCCCUGGGGCCAAGGCGGGCCGGACGGGAAGCUGCGGCCCUCCUGGGAGGCGGAGGAGCUGGACCAGUACUUGGCGCGCAAACAGUGGCUCCGCGGGCGCCGGCCGCCGUCCCAGGACAACGCCGCCUUCCCGGAACAGCCGGCGGCGCGGAGGGGCUCGUCGCCCGGCGGAGCGAGGCCCAGCACGGCGGGUCCGGGCGCCGGCACUGCGGGGAGGCCGGGCGGGCCCCCCCGGGUGCUCCUGGACGCGGCCGGUUGGGUGUCCAAGACCCCGGAGGCGGGCGAGAAGCAGCUUCCGCGCCGCCCAGGCCCCGGCGCCGCGACCCCCAGGAACCUGGAGCGGAUUUUUGACCGGGUGGGGCACUCCGGCAGAUUCCAAUUAUUCUUCUAUUUCAUAUGUGCCGUACAGAACAUAUCUUGUGGUAUUCAUUACUUUGCUUCUUUGUUAAUGACAAUAGAACCUUUUCAUACCUGCAGGCCUCCAGGUAAUGUGAGUCAAGUUCUUUUCAAUAAUAUCUCUAGGAAGAGAGUGGAUGAUCUCUUGACUCUAUUUUCCAGAGGCCAAGAAAAUCACAUUACAGUGCAGCUGCAGAAUGGUGAGGUCUGGGAUCUCUCAGAGUGUGAAAUGUCACAUAAGGAGAACAAGACUUUGAGUUCCCGCUCUGAUAAAAAUGGCUUUAGGACUAAGCACCCUUGCAUGCAUGGCUACAUCUAUGACAAGAGCAAGUGGGACAACAAUGUGGUGACCAAUUGGGAUCUGGUCUGUAGCCAAGAAUUGUUAUCAAAGCUGAUCAAGUCCACAUUUAUGCUUGGAAUCAUGCUGGGAGCAGUGAUAUUUGGCCAACUUUCGGACAGGGUAGGAAGACGUUUUGUCCUGUGGCCCACAAGCACCGGCAUAUUUCUCUUUGGUGUAAUAGCCGCUUUAAGUUUUGAUUAUUAUAGUUUUCUGAUGGUGCGCUUUUUACUUGCUUUGGCUGUUGGCGGCUACCAUGUGGUGGUGUUUGUCUACGUGAUGGAGAUCUUCGGCAGGAAGUGUCGCACAUGGGCGGCCAUCUUCAUCAACUCCUUCUUUUCUCUGGGGACCAUGAUAGUGGCUCUGGUGGGCUACUUGGUCAGGACCUGGUGGCUGUACCAGUUAAUCCUCUCUACUUUGACUGUCCCCUUUGUCAUAUUCUGCUGGAUGCUUCCAGAGACCCCUCUAUGGCUUCUCGCCCGAGGAAAAUAUGAGGAAGCCCAGCGAGUGGUGGACAUGAUAGCCUCGUGGAACAGGAAGAGCCCCUGUAGACUGAGAGAAUUUCUGAUCCUGAAUGUCAGUGGCCCUGGAGGUAAUAGUUCCAAUGGAGUCAAGACGCAUAGGCAGCUGACACUGUUUAUUAACAGGAGCACUGGAAAAAGGACACUUUUUGUUUGGCUGAUCUGGAUGACGACAGGGUUCGGAUUCUAUUUAGCCUCUCAGAGUUUUAUCAAUUUGGAAGGCAAUGGAUAUUUAAACCUCUUCCUCUCGGGUGUCACGGAUAUUCCUUCCUACAUAUUCUUAUAUGCGGGAGUCUAUUUGUUUGGGAGGAGAAAAGCUAUGAUCUUCUUCCUCAUGCUCAAUGCACUGAUAUGUGGUGUUACUAUCAUGAUCCCCCAAAAGUACCAUAUUUGCCUGAUGGUGGCCAAAAUAGUCGGGAAAUUUGCCAUAGUGGCAGUGUUUGGCAUUGUUUUCCUCUAUACAGCAGAGCUGUACCCCACCAUUGUAAGGUGUCACGCCAUGGGAAGUGGCACCCUGGUGAGCUUCAUAGGAAGCAUGAUCCUCCCCUUUGUGAUGGACCUGUCCCCCGUGUGGAUCUUCAUGCCACAGUUGCUUGUUGGGAUUUUGACCAUUGUGAGCUCAGUAGUAGCACUGAUGCUUCCAGAAACCCUUGGAAAGCCCCUGGCGGCUACAUGGGGAGAGAAUGAUGUGCUGAGUGUGGAACAAGACAGACAAUCAGAAAAAUUUCUUCCCACGACCAACAAUAUUGAGUUGGGGAAAGUAGAUGUGCUUCACUCACAGGGUCCCACUUUCAGUGAAUAAAGGUGCUACAUGUGUUGCCAA